UUGUUCUAUUUCACCAAACGUUUAGCUGCGAAAAAUAUUUCUUUUUGACGCUGUUUAUUUGUGAAAUGGUGAAUGAUAAAAAGCGACGUUCGCGCUCCCGGGAGCGUUACAGAGACGAGCGUGGCGUAGCCACAGCCGACAGAGAUCGGGAGCGUGAGCGGGAGCGCGAACGAGAGCGGGAGCGACAGCGAGACAGAGAUGUGCCGAGGCACAGAGAAAGAGAUGCGCGCGACAGACAAAUGGAUAGAGAAAAGGAUCGACGACAACGACGAUCCCGUUCCAGGGAGGACCGUGCCAGACGUAGUGGACGCUCACCGGAGCGUCAGCGUCAGGUGCGUGAAAGGUCGCGGGAGCGUGGAUCACGUAAUGGCGAGCCUGAAAAGAAGCCCAAAUUAGAAAAUUCUGGGACAGUGAAAGGCGAAACGACCGACCCAUCCAGUAAGCCAGAGGACGAACAAAUGGAUACCAAGGGCGAUGGCAAAGUAAAAAAAGAACCUCUAUCGCUGGAGGAGUUGCUGGAUAAAAAGAAACGCGAGGAAGAGGCGCGCAGUAAGCCCGUUUUCCUUACCAAAGAGCAGCGAGCCGCUGAGGCACUGAAGCGUCGUCAAGAAGAGGUGGAACGCCUGCGUGCUGUCCGAGAUGCUGCGCGGGAUCAACUGCAAGCGAGCAGCAGCAAAUCAAUUACCGGCAUAGCCACAGCAUCUGCAUCCAUGCCGGUGGCCAUGCCGCCGCCAGCGCCCGUAAAGCCGGAACGCCGCGAACGUGGCGGAGAUCGAGGUGACCGUGGCGGUGAUCGGGAUCGUGACAAGGACAGCAAACGUGUUGAGGAUCUAACGCACAAGGAUAAGGAAAAGGAACUGGAAGCCAUACGCGAACGUUAUCUUGGCAUUGUGAAAAAGAAGCGACGAGUGCGCCGCCUCAACGAUCGCAAAUUCGUCUUCGACUGGGAUGCGGGAGAGGACACCUCCAUAGAUUACAAUAACUUGUAUAAGGAACGCCAUCAUGUGCAGUUCUUCGGGCGCGGCAAUGUGGCUGGCAUCGACAUUAAAGAGCAGAAGCGCACACAGAGCAAAUUCUAUGGCGAUCUGCUGGAGAAGCGACGCACCGAAGCGGAAAAGGAACAGGAGAAAGUGCGCUUGAAGAAGAUGAAGCGCAAGGAGGAUAAACAAAAGUGGGAUGAUCGCCAUUGGUCCGAGAAGGACAACGACGAGAUGACCGAACGCGAUUGGCGCAUCUUUCGGGAGGACUACAACAUUACCAUUAAAGGCGGCAAAAUACCCAAUCCCAUUCGCAGCUGGAGUGAGUCCGGCUUCCCGCCUGAAAUCAUUGAAAUCAUCGAUUCGGUCGGCUACAAGGAGCCGACGCCCAUCCAGCGACAGGCUAUACCCAUUGGCCUGCAGAAUCGCGACAUUAUUGGCGUUGCCGAGACGGGCUCUGGCAAGACUUUGGCGUUUCUUAUACCGCUGCUUUCGUGGAUUCAGUCGCUGCCCAAGAUCGAGCGUUUGGAGGAUGUGGAUCAGGGUCCUUAUGCAAUUAUUAUGGCGCCCACGCGUGAAUUGGCCCAGCAAAUUGAGGAGGAGACAAUCAAGUUUGGCCAGCCGCUGGGCAUACGCACUGUGGUCGUCGUUGGCGGCUUGUCCAGGGAGGAGCAGGGCUUCCGCUUGCGUCUGGGCUGCGAAAUAGUUAUCGCCACGCCGGGUCGUCUAAUUGAUGUGCUUGAGAAUCGGUAUCUGGUGCUCAAUCAGUGCACUUACAUUGUGCUCGACGAAGCAGAUCGUAUGAUUGACAUGGGUUUCGAGCCGGACGUACAAAAGAUUCUGGAAUAUAUGCCGGUGACAAAUCUAAAACCCGACACGGAGGAGGCCGAGGACGAGAAGAAACUAAUGGAGAACUUCUACACAAAGAAGAAGUACAGGCAGACGGUGAUGUUUACGGCGACAAUGCCGCCAGCUGUGGAGCGUUUGGCACGCUCCUAUUUACGUCGUCCGGCCACAGUGUAUAUCGGUUCUGUGGGUAAGCCGACGGAGCGUACCAACCAAAUCGUUUACAUGAUGGGCGAGAAUGACAAACGCAAGAAGCUCAUGCAAAUCCUGUCGGCCGGCAUUGAGCCACCAGUUAUCAUAUUCGUCAACCAGAAGAAGGGUGCCGAUGUGCUGGCCAAGGGUUUGGAGAAGCUUGGGUACAACUCCUGCACGUUGCACGGGGGCAAAGGGCAGGAGCAGCGUGAAUAUGCUUUGGCAGCGCUCAAGUCCGGGGCCAAGGAUAUACUGGUGGCCACUGAUGUGGCUGGUCGUGGUAUCGACAUCAAAGACGUAUCGCUGGUCAUCAACUAUGACAUGGCCAAGUCCAUUGAGGACUAUACGCAUCGUAUUGGACGUACAGGUCGCGCGGGCAAGACGGGCGUUGCCAUAUCCUUUGUUACCAAGGACGACAGCAGUCUGUUCUACGACCUAAAACAGUGCGUCACAGCCAGUCCCGUGUCCGUGUGUCCGCCGGAGCUCAUGAAUCACCCCGAGGCACAGCACAAACCCGGCACAGUGGUCACUAAGAAACGACGCGAAGAGAAAAUAUUUGCCUAAGAUUGUAAGGAAAAUAAUUUCGAAGUUAUUCUGGAUUAUUAAAAAAAGCCCAAACUU